AUGGGAGGUUUUCCAGGGAUGUGUUUCGGUAGUCUAGGAGAGCAUUUUUACGAUCCAUCAUCACAUUCUGCAUUUUUGGAAUUGAGACUACGUAAUACCUGCCGAAAGCUAGAAGCAGGUAAGCGUCGAUACACAAAAUGCAAGAUAAGCUGUGACACUGGACCUGGAACAGAACAGGAUCAGGACCAGGGGGAUAGCAGUGUGGCCUGUGAGUGGAUCACUUUGAUGAAAAGGCUCAGGCCCUUUUCAGAGAAUAUUCCUUCAAUCAAAUCUGCAAUGGAGCAGGCGUAUUCGAGGCGUAGGUCAUGGAUAAUGAAGGGAACUCCAACAAUAGCUGAAAUCUUUGAUGAAUACCCAUGCAUCUUGGAUAUGCCAUGUCUGCUGGAUGUCGAGUUUGGCAAAAUGACGAAUGGAAAGACGGAUCUGUUCAUCAGGCGAUGGGAGGCCAACAUCAUUCCAAAGCUGAAAGCAGUGGCUGCCAUGGAAAGAAGUGAUGUUGCAUCGCUUAUAAAGGAGAUGGAAGACCAAACAGAUGAUGAGAAGUGCUACACAGCACUAGUUGUUCUUACACAUCUUCUGCCACCAUUACCUGGGAGUCGCUGCAGUGUUAAAUGUGCAAUUUCAUUCCUACGUGAUUUUGUACCGGCUGGAACCAGCAUUGCAUCCCUCUGCAGCAACUCCGAGACAUCAAAGACCCAACCACAACUGAUCUGCAUUGGCAGUCUGAAGAGUACUACACGGCAAUACAUAAUCAUCGCGAGAAACAACAGAGUGACCAUACCUGCAAGUGAGAGCCUGACAUGCACUGUGGACAUGCUCUUCAAGCUGUACUGGGUAUGCAAUGUGGCCUAUCCACCACAGCUCAGCGCUGUGUUUUCUUUCUUUGAAUACAUCUAUGAUGUGACCACUUCGACCAAAAGGAAAGCCAAGAUUGACUGUAAAGGAGAGCCUGUGUUUGGUGAAAUUAUUCACAUUAUCCCACAGGCUGAUAAUGUCUCAGUUCUGAUGUUUGUACGAAUUCUAAAAGUCAAAUACUUUGAUGACCAUUUUUAUGCAUUUGUGGUAGAACCAACUAAAGAAUAUAAAAUGAUCAGCCUGACCAGUGCAGCAGAUGCAAGACCUUUUGAUAUAAUGUUGAGUUUCAAUACAGAUGAAUUGUAUGUAAACCCAAGUGUGGAACAGCCUUGA